GUGAGGGGAGCCCGGGCAGCCCAGGCCGCAGCGGCGCCGCCGCCGCCGCCCCGCCCGAUGUGAGCGGCCCCGGGCCGGGGGCAGCGAGCGCGGCCAUGAAGAAGGACGUGCGGAUCCUGCUGGUGGGAGAACCCAGAGUUGGGAAGACAUCACUAAUUAUGUCUCUUGUCAGUGAGGAAUUCCCAGAAGAGGUUCCACCCCGAGCUGAAGAAAUCACCAUUCCAGCUGAUGUCACUCCUGAAAGAGUGCCAACCCACAUAGUGGAUUAUUCAGAAGCAGAGCAAAGUGAUGAGCAGCUUUAUCAUGAAAUAUCACAGGCAAAUGUGAUUUGUAUAGUCUAUGCUGUUAACAACAAGAAUUCUAUUGAUAAGGUAACGAGUCGAUGGAUUCCUCUCAUCAAUGAAAGGACAGACAAAGAUAGCAGGCUUCCUCUUAUAUUAGUUGGAAACAAGUCUGAUCUAGUGGAGUACAGCAGUAUGGAAACUAUCCUUCCCAUUAUGAAUCAAUAUACAGAAAUAGAAACUUGUGUAGAGUGUUCAGCCAAAAACUUGAAGAAUAUAUCUGAGCUAUUUUAUUAUGCACAGAAAGCUGUUCUACAUCCUACAGGUCCUCUUUAUUGCCCAGAGGAGAAAGAGAUGAAACCUGCCUGUAUUAAAGCACUGACUCGCAUUUUUAGAAUUUCUGAUCAAGAUAAUGAUGGUACUCUCAAUGAUGCAGAGCUCAACUUCUUUCAGAGAAUUUGUUUUAAUACACCACUGGCACCUCAAGCUUUGGAAGACGUAAAGAAUGUAGUCAGGAAAAACCUAAGUGAUGGAGUUGCAGAUAAUGGAUUGACAUUAAAAGGUUUUCUUUUUCUACACACACUUUUCAUUCAACGAGGAAGGCAUGAGACAACCUGGACUGUUUUGCGUCGCUUUGGCUACGACGAUGACUUAGAGCUCACACCAGAGUACCUGUUCCCUCCCCUAAAAAUUCCCCCUGACUGCACAACAGAACUAAAUCAUCAUGCCUACUUGUUUCUUCAAAGUAUUUUUGAUAAACAUGAUUUGGAUAGAGAUUGUGCUUUAUCUCCUGAUGAAUUGAAAGACUUGUUCAAAGUCUUCCCUUACAUGCCAUGGGGACCUGAUGUGAACAACACAGUUUGUACAAAUGAAAGAGGAUGGAUCACAUACCAAGGGUUUCUCUCGCAGUGGACACUAACCACAUACCUGGAUGUGCAGCGUUGCUUGGAGUACCUGGGUUAUUUAGGGUACUCCAUACUUGCAGAGCAAGAAUCUCAAGCAUCAGCAAUUACAGUGACAAGAGAUAAAAAGAUAGACCUCCAGAAAAAACAGACUCAGCGCAAUGUCUUCCGAUGCAAUGUUGUUGGAAUGAAAGGCUGUGGGAAAAGUGGAGUUCUUCAAGCUCUUCUUGGAAGAAAUCUAAUAAGACAGAGGCAAAUACGUGCAGAACACAAAUCUUACUAUGCCAUUAAUACAGUCUAUGUAUAUGGACAGGAAAAAUACUUGCUGCUACAUGAUGUCAGUGACUCAGACUUUUUAACUGAUGCUGAGACCAUAUGCGAUGCUGUCUGCCUGGUAUAUGAUGUCAGUAAUCCUAAAUCCUUUGAGUACUGUGCCAGGAUUUUUAAGCAGCACUUCAUGGACAGCAGAAUACCAUGUUUAGUGGUAGCUGCCAAGUCCGACUUGCAUGAAGUUAGACAGGAAUAUAGUAUUUCUCCUGCUGAAUUCUGCAGAAAACACAAAAUGCCUCCACCCCAAGCCUUUACUUGUAAUACUGCUGAUGUGCCGAGUAAGGAUAUCUUUGUAAAACUGACAACUAUGGCAAUGUAUCCCCAUGCCCGGUUACGCUGUAUGUGCGCCUGCAACAGGUGUACAUUUUGCAUCUGUCAGAACUUCCUCAACUCAGACUUGCUGCAAUCUGUAAAGAACAAACUCUUCACUGCAGUUCUUAACAGGUUAAGAGCCUACCUAGCUGAGGUGGGGGCCAUGCUGUUAGCAGACGAGGAGAGCAGGAUUAUGCAGCAGGUGCACGCCGUCCACUCUGUAGAAGAUUCCAUCUUCAUGGAGUCAUCUCUUGGUCCACGUUUGCUUGAAGACAGGCAUGUGACACAAGCGGACCUCAAGAGCUCAACGUUCUGGCUCCGAGCAAGUUUUGGUGCUACUGUGUUUGCAGUUUUGGGUUUUGCCAUGUACAAAGCACUACUAAAGCAGCGAUGAUCUGAGAAGAAGCACAUCUGGCCCUACCAAAUAAAUAAAUAAAAAACCACUUUUAUGUACAUUCUGAAUGCUUUAAAUUCUGCUAGAAAUAUUUAUAUAUGCAGAGUUACUUUAUUAAUAUUUGUAAUUCAUGCUUAAGAUUAUUUUAAAUUAUAGCUCCAACUACAGUAUUGCAUAAUGUGUGGAAAAAAGGAAUUGCAUCUUAACAGCCAGCUAAAAUGGCUUAACUUGUAAGGCCAAAAGGGAAUUUGUUGUAAAUAACAUGUACAUAUUAAAGCAAGUAAGACAUUGCUUCCCAAAAACCUAUUCAAAAUACUGUUCUUAGAUGUUCACCAUGGUGACAUUCUAGUGUAUAGGUGAAAUUCAUUUUCAGUAGAGUAGACUCAACUCAAGGAUCAUACUUCCUCAAGGAUUGCUUAUUUAUUUCACAUUCAUCUGAAGUGACUUCAUCUUUUUGGACUAUAAGCUAUAGCAGGCAGAAUUUGUGAUUUUUGUUCAUAUUUUUAACCGAUGAACAAAUUUGCCCCUCUAAUCAUGUAUUUCAGGAAAGAGUCACCUUUGCUGUCCUGGCCUAUGAUUUUGUAUUUUACAUGACCAGUGACAUAUUUAGAAUCCGGUCUCUUUUAAGAGGAAAAAAGUAAAACUUUGAAAACUGCCAGAUCAACUUCAUACACUGUGUGUAACCCGUGUUUUUCAUUUUUCACUAUGUUGUGUUUUAUAACCCUCAUGAAUCAGAUGAGCAAAUUUUGUAUGUUCUAAACGGUUAUAAUUUGGAAAGUGUUGCAGUUUAAUUUCUCACAUCUGUCAGUCAUACUCAUUGAAGGCUGUGUAUAAGAGAAAACUGCAAUAGUACACAGUGCCUAUUCUACUGUAGUAUAUUAGUUGCAUGGAUCACAGUGCAUUCUGUAAUGGGCUAGAAUUACCUAUAGACACAGCUUUUUUAACGAUCAAGUAAACCAAACAUUAAAUUCCUCAUGACAAACCUAUUUUUCCAUUGCUGGCCUUUUCAAGUUAUUUCAAUAAAAUAACUGUGUACUGUGUCUGUGUUUGUCUUUUUCUUCUUUUUCUUUACCUUCCUGUGCCCUGAAAGGUGUAGUUUACCAGAACUUUGUCCUUUACAUGAAUGGAUGCUGCUGGUGCUCUCAUUUGUUGGAGGUUACAUAUCUCAGCAGUGCAGUUUCUCUCAUGCCUCCAUUAGAAGUUUAUUUCUGAUUUAUAUCAGAAGACCAAA